UUUGGGGUUUGAAUCUCAUCAGUUGGUUGAAAGUUCGGAUUUUGAUUCCAGCCCACUGGAAGUGUCGAGUUUCCCCCGCAUUCCAAAAACAUACAUGCUAGCGUCAUUGAAGACUCUUAUUUGUCCAUAGGUGUGAAUGUGAGUGAAUGAUUGUUUGUUGAGUUGUGCCCUGCAAUCGGCUGGCAACUCGUCCAGGGUCUACCGCGCCUCUCGCCCAAAGUCAGCUGGAAGAGACGCACCCCCGACUCUAAUGACGAUAAAAGAGAUAGAAAAUGGAUAGAAAUAGAACAGUCACUAUACAAAAAACCGAAAGGCCGGACCUUUCACGCAAGUGUGAAAGAAGUGAGCCAGUGUACAAAAACCCCCCAAAUACAGUCAAACUAUUCGCCAUUUGAAGACAGCUGACGCACUCUUGAUGGGGAGUGAACAAAAAAAGUGCUUGCAGAAUGAUGCUGUCACGUCGUGGCCUGCGGUAAGUGCACCGUCAAGAUAUGUUCCAUUUCCUUUUCUGUUUGUCACCACACUCUUAACACACCCACGCUUUGUAUAUACUUUUCUAUAGACAAAAAAAACAAAACAAAAAACAAACCGAUCACAAUCGAUAUCAAGAAUAAAAGAACACUUUACGCCCUGUAUUUCUUGUCUGGUUGAAAUUAGUCAGUUUGAGAAAGUAGCCCUGUCUUGUGCAUGUGAGUGCCUAGGCAGCCCCGCCCCAUGAAAUACUUAGGCCAAUGGCGAGGACAGAUUUCAUUACAAUGACGACUAGGGAUGGAGCCUGAGCUUUGUGACUGCAGAUAAGUAGAUGUAUAGAUGAUGAUAGGAUUUUUUUAAAAUUGAUGCUUGAUAAUGCAUCACAGGUGCAUCUUUACUUGUCCGAACCUCAUUAUAGGAAAUGCAAUCCUAAUGGAGGCAUACAAUAAACCCCUGCGUAACCUGUUUUUUGUGCUCAAGCCAAAGCAAUAACAGUGUUACUUUAUGGCCAAGGCAAAAAUUCAAAGUAAUUAGAGGAGCUUCAUUUAGACAUAAAUAGUCAUUUGCUGCCAACGUUUGUCAUAUAUAAGCAAUCACAAACCCUUUUAGGGGCUUGUCAAUCAUUCACAAAUUUUGGCUAUAGUGAGGGAUCACUGAAUGGGUUUUUUUUCUCACUAUUUAAAAUAGUUUUCUGGUCUCUGACAUUCUUCUGUCAAAAUACACCAAGGUUAAAUAAAUAGAGUACACUUAGUACCCACAUGUCACUGCUGGUUGCAAUCAAUCAGUUUUGGGGGAGCUGUUCUGUCUUAUACAAAUGCAUAGUACGGUUUUCGUAACCAUGAUGCCCAGUUCCGACUUAGUGAUAGCGACUUUUCCUACACCUCUCAUGACUAUUUUUCCAAAUAAAAGUGAUGAGCAAAAAAGUUAGGGACGUUUUGUGGUGUUAUUGGAAACUCGCAGAUUCCCUCCAGAACACCAUAUGUUUUCUUCCGUGUGCAGACUGCAAAUGGAUGGCACAUGCACUAAGCCACCACCGGCUAAUUGUAAUGUCAGAAUUUGGCAAAGUUCGGAACUGUUUGCUCAGACACUUUAAGAAAUAGGCAGAUAACAAAAGAUUUACUUGGUUGUUUAAUUUCACACUUGAUGGUUGGGCAAGCACUUCGGAGACCCAACUAUUUGUAUACAAGCAAUUAAAAAGUCAGUUUUCCAUAGCAUGUUCCCUUUAAGUAAAUUAAAACAAGUCAAAGUCAAAAAGCUGCCUGUUGUUUUUCAUAUGCAGUGCUACUUUCGCUUUCACAUCCUUCACUCGCCCGUGUUUUUAAUUCACUUCCCUACAAACCAAUUUGUCACCUCAGAGAAGAGUUAAACCAGUUGGAAGUGCUUGAGAAACGCCUAUGCGCUGAAAUCGCAAAUGCCGAGAAGGCGGUCGCACAAGUGGAGGGAACGUGUGCCGCCGCAACGCAGCGUUUUGUUCAAAUAAUGGUGUUGGAGGCCUCCGAAAUUAAUCAAGUAACUGAUCAUUGUAUAUUUAUGUUAUGUUAUUUAAAACAUGAAUUCACUUCGUUAUUUACAAUGGCAAAAUGUCUCUUCUCAACUUGGAAGUUAGUCGAUGGCCAAACACAGUCCCACAGAUGGGAUUGUGUUCAACUUUGGAGGUUCCACUGUAUAAGCAGGACACUGACAUGUGUGGAAAAUAUUUAUGUUUUUCUUUUUUAAAUUGCAGUUAAAAUGUAAAAUUCAGUUGGAACUGCAAUCCAGUAAGACAUUAAAAGAAAAACUAGUUGCAAUGCAGGAAGACAUUGAGAAGACGGUAAGUACUGUAGUGUCAUGCUAACUUAAUACCUGUAUUAACAUUAAAUGUACAUUUUAGGAUGUUUUUCUGUCAUUUUUUAUUAUUGCCAUUCUUUGACUUUGACUACUAAGACAGGACUUGGUUGCACUCAUAUUGUGUAAACAUUGUUUGAAACUUAAUGGAGUAGCUGAGGUGUCCUCGCAGAAGAGCAGCUUCAGUCAAAACGCAACACGUUUGCUCGUCUCUCAAAAGAAAACACAGAGCUUGAGAACAAAGUUGAAGACUUGAAGCAUCAAAUAUCAAAGAGAUACCUCAUCAUCGCUGGCAAAAGUGGAGCGUUAAAUAGCAUCCACUGAAUUUUGAGGCGAGAUAGAUGCUGAUUUAACACUCCAUGGGCUAAAUCUACAAAAUGAGAGAAUGGUAUCCAAAAUCCUGCCUUUUGGGAUUGACACUAUAAAAUAGGUGCUAUUCAACUGCAUUGCAUCAUUAUGAGAGGUGUUUCUUAAAUAUAGGCCCGCCCUUUUUUAACUGGAUAAAAUGGCCAAAAUGUUAGCAAUACCCCUCAGUAUGAUGCAAUGAAUUUUUACACCAGUGUAAACGACCACCACAUUAACAAAUUUAAAAUGAAUUUGUCUAUGACAGUGUCAAUCAAAAGUGAGCUUUAUUUAAUUUGAAGAGUAUUUCCAGUGUAUGGUGUGGUUCGGUCCAUAGUUUGAAUUUGAAGUAAAACAGUCAACAUAUGAUUGUUGUGAAGAAAUUGCUGUAAGAGCAUUCACAAAAAUGUUACAUUUGCCAUAGUACAUCCAUUUCAUGGGCUUAAAAGUACUUUGGACAUUUCACAUUUUUUAUUUUUAGAUAAAAUAAUUUUGGUCAAUGACUGCCUAAAUUCCAUCACCACUCAUGUCUGAUUUUCCUUUUCCUUUUUGCCUUUUCAUCCAGUAUUGAAAAUUAUGGUUGUAUUUACAAUUAUGUCAGUGGUGCAAACACCUUUUGAGCCCCUGGGAAGGAAGGUACUACUACUCUUUCUAUUUGUUUUGUGAAACUUCUUAUAUUAAAGCAGAAUGUUGAUACUUCAACCAUGACAUUAGCUAGUUUUAUUUCAUCCAUUAUGUAGAAAUAGUAAAAACUCUGCACCUAACGUUAUGUGUUCACGGUCAAUCUAGCCAGAUGGCAGUGAGGCGUAUGUGCGAGAAGGAAAAGAAGCAGAUGCUCCGAUGUUUCCGCCAAUGAAGUGCAGUGGGAAAAGGUACGCCAGCAAGUGACCCCAAUUGCGGCCCAGCACAACACCACUCGGGCCAAGCUGAAGCAGCGGCAGCAUCUCACCUUCACGGAAGAAAGGGUCAAUGUAUCAAUAUGAGUGACGAGCUGCACCAACACGAAACAAGCCCAAAGCUCAUCAACCAAAAACCUCAGGCUGAAUUUGAGGCAAUUAAAGCCCUGGAAUCACAAGUUGAGAAUUUCAAGAGGUUGACACAAGAAGCAGAAAAGAUGCAGCGGGAGCACAUGAAUACUCUAGCUGGACUUGGAAGUGACAGAAAACUGAAACGUGACCAACUGACAGCUGCCGAGGAGAUUUACUCUGCAACGACAAGACAAUAUGACAGCAUAAUUCGCAGAAUCGGUGACCUGACAAAGACGUGGAAGCAAUACAAAGCUGCUUCAAAUACAAUGGAAGAAAAGGUUGGACGCAUGUCUGAAGCCACGGCAAAACUCCAAUAAGAAGACUGUUGAAACCAAUAAGUUGUUGGCCAGUCUAUUGUAUCCUCACAACCUUUCAGGGCUAUUCCAAAGGCUUCUUACUAUGUGGCCGAGUUCAAAAGGGACUCAGCUGCUGUCGUAAUGAGCAACCUGCGUUCAGAUAUCCAUAUCUGCCUGCAACGCAUGCGGCGAUCCAUGCAGAGGCACCGGUGCUCACGUUCCGGCGAGAAAAAAGCAAAUGCAACAAACCAAGGAUGCACUUAGAGUUGCACUGAGGGAACACAAGUGGCUGGGCGGCAAGUAUGAAGGUCUGCAGAAGCUCCUCAUGAAGGCCAAACAAGAGGCCGUGCGUGUAUUGAGUGAUAAAAACCACAGGCAGAAAUGUUUUUGUUUUUAUACACGGCUCUCUUUGUUGCAGAAGAGGAUGCACAAAGCUUUGGUGAAAUACUUCAGACAACGCAGCCUCGGCGGCCAGGCUGAACUGGACCGCCGCCAUGCUCUUUGUCGAGAAGCGGACCAGAAAAUAAAAACAGCCCAGGAGGCGUCCACAGUUAGGAAGCCAUGUCCAGAUCGGGUGACAGAACGUCCACCUUUGACCCGGCGCACAGUGACGCGCUGCUGCACGGGCUCAACCUGCUGUGGAGGAAGCAGCUCUUCUGCGAUGUCACUCUCACCGCCCAAGGGCAGCACUUCCACUGCCACAAAGCGGUGCUGGCAUCCUGCUCCCAGUACUUCAGGUCGCUCUUCUCCUCCCACAAUGCCAUCAGCAACAACGAGGGCGGCAAGGGAGACCAGGGCAGCAGCGGCACCCCUUCGUCCUCGCCCGACGACAAGCUGGUGACCCCCGGCGCCAGGCCCAUCAAUAAUCUGGUCCUGCAGGGCUGCUCCUCCAUCGGACUGAGACUCGUGCUGGAGUACCUGUACACGGCCAACGUGACUCUUUCCCUGGACACGGUGGAAGAGGUGCUGUCGGUCAGCAAGAUACUCAACGUUCCCCAGAUUACCAAACUCAGCGUGCAGUUUCUCAACGACCAGAUCUCGGUGCAGAACUACAAGCAGAUCUGCAAGAUCGCCGCUCUCCACGGACUGGACGAGACCAAGAAGCUGGCCAACAAGUACCUGGUGGAGGACGUGCUCCUGCUCAACUUCGAGGAGAUGUGCGCCAUGCUGGACGCUCUGCCGCCACCGGUGGAGUCGGAGCUGGCGCUCUUUCAGAUGUCGGUGCUGUGGCUGGAGCACGACCGCGAGAUCCGCAUGCACUACGCGCCGGACCUGAUGAAGAGGCUGCGCUUCGCUCUCAUACCGGCUCCGGAGCUGGUGGAGAGGGUGCAGUCGGUGGACUUCAUGAGGACUGACCCCGUGUGCCAGAAGCUGCUGCUGGAUGCCAUGAAUUACCACCUGAUGCCCUUCAGGCAGCACUGCAAGCAGACCACAGCCAGCAGAAUCCGUUCCAAUAAGAGAAUGCUGUUACUGGUGGGUGGUUUGCCCCCUGGCCCCGAUCGCCUCCCCAGCAAUUUGGUCCAGUACUAUGACGAUGAAAAAAAGACAUGGAAGAUUCUCACAAUAAUGCCUUACAACAGUGCGCAUCACUGCGUUGUGGAGGUGGAGAACUUCCUGCUGCUGCUCGGCGGAGAGGACCAGUGGAACCCCAACGGAAAACACAGUACCAAUUUUGUAAGUCGCUAUGAUCCCAGAUUCAACGGUUGGAUACAACUUCCUCCUAUGCAGGAGAGGAGAGCCAGCUUCUUCGCCUGCCGUCUGGACAAGCACCUGUACGUGGUCGGCGGCCGCAACGAGACGGGCUACCUCUCCAGCGUGGAGUCGUACAACCUGGAGACCAACGAGUGGAAUUACGUGUCGUCUCUGCCGCAGCCUCUGGCCGCCCACGCGGGAGCGGUGCACAACGGCAAGAUCUACAUAUCAGGCGGGGUCCACAACGGCGAGUACGUGUCGUGGCUGUACUGCUACGACCCCGUGAUGGACGUUUGGGCUCGCAAGCAGGACAUGAACACAAAGCGCGCCAUUCACACGCUGGCCGGGAUGAACGACCGCCUUUACGCCAUCGGGGGAAACCAUUUGAAAGGUUUCUCUCAUUUAGACGUCAUGUUAGUGGAGUGUUACGACCCCAAGGCGGACCAGUGGAACAUUCUGCAGACGCCCAUCCUGGAGGGGCGCAGCGGGCCGGGCUGCACCGUCCUCGACGACAGCAUCUUCCUCGUGGGCGGCUACAGCUGGAGCAUGGGGGCGUAUAAAUCAUCAACCAUCUGCUACAGCCCGGAGAAGGCCACAUGGACAGAGUUGGAAGGCGAGGUGGCGGAACCUUUGGCGGGCCCGGCUUGUUCCACAGUCAUCCUGCCCGCCUGCCUCCCCUUCAACAAAUGACAACUAAUCCAGCCCAUGGGCGGCAACCUCAGCGAUGAUUGGGGGGAGUAACGUCCGUCCGUUUGUAAGCAGGCAGCAAUUUUACCACCGAUCUCCCGCUUCUGCUCAGUGAUGUGGGGGUGUAUACAUUAUUUUUGUACAAGUUUGAUCGGAGCACUUUGGGUAUUCCCCUGUGAAGGUGUAAAGAGGAGGGAAGGAAAGCGAUGUGUAAAUCAUGUAUUUAAACUGCUCACGUCCAUAUGAGCUCAGUGGGUGUUUUCUUCUUCUACUCUAUAGCACGCAUUUGCUCAAUGCUAGCUUUCAGGUCCGUCGUAUAUCUGGUACACAUCAAUUCGAACACGGGCACUGAGAGAAAGAAACAGAGAUUAUUCCCACUGGAUGUUGGCACUCAACCGGCACUGGGUGAGUUAUUUUUUAUGUAUAAAUAGUCACCAUGGCUCACUAUGUUAACGCCUGGUCACCUGCACAUACUUUCUUUUUCUUUUCUUUUUUUAAUCAUGUUUCCGCCACCAAAAUGAGAGCAUUUGUUCUACUUUUCAAAGUACACUUAAAAAAAAAACAAAAAAACAUGAUGACUUCAAAAAGUGCAGCCCAAGUUGUGUCAAUUCCAAACAUUUCGAACCUAUUGGUUCAUUUAAUGAAAAAUCUCAAUCGUGACACGCUAAUUAUUAUUCCUGAUCAAUGUAAUGAAUGACAUAUUGAUGGUACAAUCAAAGUGUAAUUGCUCGCCAAUGUACUGGAAGCAUGUUUGGGUAAUUGAGUGGCAACUCAAAAGGAACACGCCAACUACAGGAGUAUUAUGGUAUACUACAAUCUUCCAUAUAUGAGUAUGAAAGAGUAUUCGGGCAACACGGAAAAGAAAAAAAUUAUUCGAUGCUACGAAAACGAAGUGGUAAUCUUAUGAGGAAAAAAUGGCAAAUAUGUUUGUUUUUUCGAGGAAAACAUUUUAUAUUUUAAAAAAGGCGCAAUAUUAUGAGAAUACCUUUUACGAGGGGAAGUGAAGGAAAGUUGUUUCUUUCUUUUUCUUUAUUUGUUCAAAUGCCACUUGUUUCUUGUUCAACUUCGACUUCACAUAAUCACAUAAUAUUAUGACUAACAAUUAGAUUUUUUUUCCCAACAGUCUUUUUAGCAAAGGAAAUGAUCUUAGACUCUCAAGGUGACAACUUUUUUUCUUGAAAAUAUAAUUUUUCUCUAGAAAAUAUCUCAGAACAAGAUAAGUGAUUGUCAGGCAUAAAUAGUUUUUUUGUGACUUUUUUUCCUCACAAGAUUAUGACUUUUUCUUGAAUGAAUAAAAAAAGUUUUCUACUACGAUAUACAAUUUUUUUCCCCCAGUGUGGGCCUAAUACUCCUUUAUUUAUAAGCAUACAGCGGACCUUAAUGCACUAAUAGUGAGCCUGUGAGUUCACUGUAAUAAUGUAAAUGAAUUAUUGUGUUGUGUUAAACUUUAAAAAAAAAAAAAAAAAAAAAACUCUUUCAGUACAAAUGAGUCCAGUCUUGUCUAUGUUAUUGAGUUUAGAAAAAAAAAAAAAAAAAAAAUGUUGAAUCCUGUAAAGGUUUGUUGAUUUCAUUCUUGUACAUAAUCGCUUGCUGCAGUGAAACAUUUUUGGAUUUAUUCUCAAAUCCUGUUUAUGUCCUUUGCAUUUUAGAAUAUGGAAAUAAACUGACACUUGAUGACUAAAAACUCUUUUAAUUUGUUUUAAAUAAAUUGCGCUUGUCCUCAUUAGAGUUGACGGUGAACUGGAGCCUUUGGGCGAGCGAAGUUGGGUAAACUCCGGACUUGUUGCCAGCCAAUCACGGGGCACAUGUAGACAAAGUAGCAUCCUAUGUUUUUAAUGAAUCUAUACAAUUAAUGAGUAAACUCGGGAAAUAAAUGAACUUUUCUCUAUAUUCUCAUUGAUUGAGAGGCACAGCAAUGUCGAAAUGCUCGCGUAAGGGUGGAGCUAUAACACAGCGCUGUGCUCUGAUUGGUCGAGUAACCUACAAAGGUAUGUGUAUGGGCAGCACUGUUCGAAGCUUUAUGUGAAAUUGUGAGCUGUUUUAAAGUGUUUAAUCAUUGUGUGCAAGGCAGGCGGAAGGCUGCGGUCCCAAUGCUAAACACCUCUUCAUCUCCUUGGGGAAUAACUGCAGUGAAUACAGGUGACAUUUUAAUUAACCAUGUGGUCAAUUAUAGCACUUUUUUUUUUUUUUUAGUCACAGGAAAGGGAUGAGAGCUUGCUGGUUCUCUUGUGGUCAAGGUGCGCGACAAUAACUAAGAUUGCUGUGACUUAAAGGUCAUGAAUACUUUUUUAUAUUUAAAAAAAAAAGCGCAAUAUUCUGAGAAUACAUUUUACGAGGGGAAGUGAAGGAAAGUUUGGGGUUCACAAGUGAGGGAAGAAUGGAGCGGGAGAUCGACAGGCGGCUCGGUGCAGCGCCUGCAGUGAUGCGGACUUUGUAUCGGUCCGUUGUGGUAAAGAAGGAGCUAAGCUCUCGAUUUACCGGUCGCUCUACGUUCCUACCCUCAUCUACGGUCACGAGCUGUGGGUCGUGACCGAAAGAACGAGGUCCCGGAUACAGGCGGCCGAAAUGAGUUUCCUUCGCAGGGUGUAGAGAUAGGGUGAGAAGCUCGGUCAUCCGGGAGGAUCUCAGAGUAGAGGAGCCAGAUGAGGUGGCUGGGGCAUCUGAUUCGGAUGCCUGCCGGACGCCUCGGGAUCCCCUCGACAGAGCUGGAGGAAGUGGGAAGUCUGGGCGCACCUGCUAAAGCUACUGCCCCCGCGACCCGACCUCGGGUAAGCGGUAGAAAAUGGAUGGAUGGAUGGAUGGAUGCUGUGAUGUCCUAACUAAUGAUAAAGCACUUGAUUAGUUACCAUUUUUACCGAGCGACAACAUUUUUCAUUACCCUUGUGAUACAGAUGGAGGCAUCUAUUUGAGGUGAGGUGCUUAUUUUUUUCUAGUCCAAUUGCUGUGAUGCCUUAACCAGCACUAUAGUGCUUGAUUUAUUUAUCGAGCAGCUUUGCUCGGGAACAAAAUUCAUCAUUAUCCUCCUGCCAUUUUUGUAACAUACAAGAAGCCAUCUAUUUGAAGUGAGGCGUUUAUUUUGUGCAAGUUUGGUUGAAGCAGCCGACGAUUAAUUGAGACACAAUCCAUAGAGAAGAAGCUCAGGUAUGUGGCUCUAGUCCACCAUCUGGUGGUGAGUGUAUGAGUUAGACACACACACACACAUACACGCACGCACACGCACACGCACACGCACUUAGUCUUCAAUGAACCUGUUGCACUUAGCUGAUCUGUAGUCAGAUCUUCUUUGAACGGUCACUAUGCAACGGAGAACAAUUAUUGACAUUGUUUCUAGUUUGCAGAAGUAGAGAAGCACGCAAAGUGACUCAUAGCACGGCAGCCGGCCAAGUGGGAUGGGGUGCGGAUGGGGGGGCAAAGGAGGGGACGAGGGGGCGGUUGGCUUGUCGGGGGUGGUGGGCUCGCUUUCUUUCCACGCUUCACUCGUGUUUACGCUCCUGCACGUUGGGAAGGAAGGAAGGAAAGCUGCUCCCUGGCUGCCAGCCACCCCUCGGGUAUUUUUAGCCCCCCAUCGGCAGGAACCAUCACUCAAGGAAUCCACGCGAAAAGCAUCCUCCUCCUCUUCAUCAUCAUCACCAGCAUCCUCCUCAUCCGUGUUCCCAACUUGUGUGGAGCAGGCAGGGAGAGGGUCUGCAUGGGGGAUGCAACCUGAGCUGGACUCCGUGAAGGAAAAAGAGCGUCUUA